GCGGUCAUGAGGAGGAACUCCUCCUGACUUCGGUCCCCGCUCGGAGCUCUCGCCAUGGUCCAGCUCGGAGGUCUCUCCAUGUCUGUCCCGGGGGUCUUUCUGGUUCUGGAGUUGCUCCUCUUCCUUCAGGUGGUCGCUCCGGUCCAGAGCAGCGCGCGGCAGCAGUGGCCCGUCCCGUACAGGCGGUUCGAUCGCCGGCCGGACGUGGACCCCUACUGUGAGGCUCUGUUCCCGUUCUGCCCCACCGGGGACCGGGACGGCCGGGUUCCCGUCAUGAGGGACGGCGACCUGAUCUCCGUGUACCGGCUGCAGACGCCGGUGUGGGAGUUCAAGUACGGCGACCUGCUGGGGAAGUUGCACAUCAUGCACGACGCCGUGGGCUUCAGCAGCGCCGAGUCGGGGGCCAACUUCACCAUGGAGUGGUACGAGCUGUUCCAGCUGGGGAACUGCACCUUCCCCCACCUCAGGACGCAGCAGCUCGCGCCUUUCUGGUGCAACCAGGGCGCCGCCUGCUUCUUCGACGGCAUCGACGACGCGCACUGGUCGCAGAACGGCACGCUGGAGAAAAUAGGAGAGAUCACAGGCUCGCAGUUCAACGACAUGGCCCGCUGGGUGCAGGACGACAACGAGACCGGGAUCUACUACGAGACGUGGACCGUCCGCUCCGACCCCGGCCCCAACGCCACGGUGUGGUUCGAGUCGUACGACUGCUCGCAGUUCGUCCACCGCACCUACAGGAAGCUGUCGGAGCUGGGAGCCCGGCUGCACAGCCGCUCCCAGACCAACUACACCAAGAUCUACCUGUACAGCGGCGAGCCCGUCUUCCUGGGCAACGACAGCGCCAUAUUCGGACAGCCGGCGCUGAGGAACCUGGCGGAGGACAUCCGCAAGUUCUACCACGCCUUCCGGCCACACCAGUCCUUCACAGACUUGGCCUUCAGCCUGCUGGAGGCCUAUAAGAAGGUGGUGCUGGACCACAACUUCUACCUUUACUACAACUUCGAGUACUGGCACCUCCCCAUGAAAGCUCCCUACGUGCGGAUCACGUACGAGGAGGUGCCGCUGCCUUGACGCCCCGCCGCGCUCUAACACGCUUCGAUUCGUUUGCAAUCCAGAGCUCUUAUUAAAUAUUACUUUACAAAAAGUUUAUUUUUAAGCAAAUUGAAGAGAAACAGACUGGUUUGAGUUUUGCGGCCUUUUCCUUGCAGCUUUUUUUUU